UGGCCGCGUAUGGUACAUGUAAUUCUGUAGUAAAUCAAUGUUUUUAAAGGAAAUAAGUUUUUUAUAAAUGAUAUAAUUGUUUAUAAUUCAAAAUGGGUAAAAAAGGAAAAGUUGGGAAACAAAGAAAGGAUAGAUUUUACCAAUUAGCAAAGGAAACUGGUUAUAGGUCACGUGCAGCCUUUAAAUUAAUUCAAUUGAAUCGAAAAUUUGAAUUUUUACAAAAAUCACGAGUAUGCAUAGAUUUAUGUGCAGCUCCUGGAGGGUGGAUGCAAGUUGCCCGACAGAAUAUGCCAGUAUCUUCUAUAGUAAUAGGUGUAGACUUGUAUCCUAUAAAACCUAUUCCAGGGUGUAUUGGUUUAGUAGAAGAUAUCACAAGUGAUAAAUGUCGUGUAUUAAUAUCUCGUGAAUUGAAGACUUGGAAAGCUGAUGUAGUAUUACACGAUGGAGCACCAAAUGUUGGUAAAAAUUGGCUUCAUGAUGCAUAUCAGCAAGUUGUCUUAACUUUAGGUGCUCUUAAAAUGGCAACACAUUUUCUACGACCUGGUGGAUGGUUUAUUACAAAAGUUUUUCGUUCAAAAGAUUAUCAUCCAUUAGUUUGGGUAUUAAAACAAUUGUUCAGAAAGGUACAUGCAACAAAACCACAAGCAUCACGUACAGAAUCUGCUGAAAUUUUUGUUGUUUGUCAAUAUUAUAUUGCUCCAGAUAAAUUAGACCCUAAAUUUUUGGAUCCAAAAUAUGUUUUCUCUGAAUUAGACAUAGAAUCUUCAAAUAAAUUAAAUGUAUAUAAUCCUGAAAAAAGCAAACACAAAGCAGAAGGUUAUCCAGAAAAUGAUUACACUUUAUAUCAUAAAUUAUCCGUCAAAGAUUUUAUAGCACAUGACAAUGUUGUAGAAGCAUUGCAAGAUGCUUCUGAAAUUGUUUUUGAUGAUGAAAUAAUAACAAAUCAUGAAAAAACGACCGAAGAAAUCAAAGAAUGCUGUAAAGAUAUUAAAGUAUUAGGUAAAAAGGAAUUGCGAAAAUUAAUGAGUUGGUGGAAAACAUUAAAGGAAUCUUUAAAAGCAAAAGAGUCAGUAGAAGAAAAUGCGACGCAAGAUGUGCCUGAAAAGACAGCAGAAGCACCAGCAAUAAGUCAAGAAGAGUUGGAAGAUCUAGAAGAUGAACAAAUUGGAAAACAAAUUGAAGAACUUAAAGGAGAAGAAGCUAGAGAGCUUAAAAGAAAGAAGAAAAAAGCUAAUAAAGAAAGGCAAAAAUUAAACGAGCGGCUCAAUUUAAAAAUGAUUCAUAAAGGAAAUGAAGGACCUGUAUUAGAAGGAGAUAAUAUGUUUACUUUGAAAACAAUCAAGACACAUAAAGAAUUGGAAAAUGUAAUGGAUCAGGAUCCUGAUAUAGUAGCAGAAAGUGAUGUAGAUUCAGACGAGGAGCAACGAAAACAAAAAAAAGUCGCUUAUAAUAAGGAUGAAGGACAGUUAGAUAGCUCAGGGUUAUAUUAUAAAGCAGAUGAUAGUGACUUGGAAGGUUCUAGCGAUGCCUCGGAUGAUGACUCAGAUAGCAAUAAAUCAGGUUUAGGUUUGGAUGAAUCUGAUGAGGAAGGUAUAAAUAAAGUGCAAAAAAAGAGAAAGGGUAUUGCUGAUGCUCCAGAAAAUCCUUUAUUAACUGAUUUAGAUCAUAGGGAUAAGAAGAUUAAACAGAUUCACAAAGCAGAAUUGUGGUUUGAAAAAGAUGCAUUUAAAAACUUAGAAGAUGUAAAGGAUGAAGAUUUUGAAUUAGAUAAAAUGGUUGAAGAAUAUAAAAAGAAAGGUGGCUACGUUAUAGGAGAGAAUAAUUCUAUGGAUAGUGAUAAAGAAAAUAAAAUAAAGAAAGGUAAAAGUGUACAAGGAAAGGAACAAGCAGAUAACGAUGACGAUGAUUCGGAAUCUGAUUAUGAUGUGGAAAAGAUGAUGACUCCAAGUAAAAAAACUAAAAAGAAGAAAAGUGGCAGCGAAGAUAAUUCUAAAGUAACAAGUACAAAGUUAAAAAAAAGGAAACGUUUAACCGAAGAAGAUUUAGCAUUAGGAUCAUUAUUAGUUCAAAGUAAGAAAACUCGAAGAGAUUUAAUAGAUUCAGCUUGGAAUAGAUAUGCAUUUAACGAUGAAAAGUUACCGGAUUGGUUUGCACAAGAUGAAGAGAAACAUAUGAAGAAAGAAGCGCCAGUUCCUAAAGAACUCGUUGACGACUAUAAAAAGCGAGUCGAAGAUUUAAAUGUUAGACCAAUUAAAAAAGUAGUAGAAGCAAAGGCAAGAAAAAAGCGAAGGGCAUUGCGUAAAUUAGAAAAAGCAAAGAAAAAGGUGGAAGCAAUAAUGGACAAUUCAGAGAUUAGUGAUAAAGAAAAAUCAAAACAAGUACAAGCGUUGUACAAGAAAGCUCGUAAAGAGCCGAAGAAGGAUGUCACUUACGUAGUGAUGAAAAAACAUAUGGCACAGAAGAAAGCAAAACGACCACCUGGUGUUAAAGGACGUUAUAAAUUGGUUGAUCCAAGAAUGAAGAAAGACUUACGUGCAGCGAAAGCAAAAGAAAAAACUAAAGGACGCGGGAAGAGUCGCGGUGGGAAGCCACCCCGAGGAAAACCUAAAGCUCAUAAAGGAAAGAAAGCAAAAUAAAAAAAAAAUAUAAAUAUGAACAAAAUAUGGGACAAAAGGUGCAUCUUCUAGAUGCAAAAUAGAUAUUAUUUUGCAGUGUUCUUGUAACAGUGUAAAUAGCACGCAUUGUAUGUAAACAUGAAUUGUUUGUAUGAAUCACA